AGGUUAGAAGUAAAAUGGUUUCAAAUUGUAUCAGCUUUCAAAACACAGCAAAAAAACAUGAGACGUCCACCGGAAGGUGUCACCGGUUUAUCCCGCAAGUGCCCCAAGAAUUUGAUUGUCGAGUCAAAGCAAACAUUAAGCGCGAACUGCUAAACAAAGACCUUGCAAUCAGAAAUGAGGAAUUCGAGACGUGGUACUCCAAGGAGUAUCCGCGGAAAGUCGUUUUACCGGACCAGCUAUUCAGGCCGCCACAAUACCAAAGCUUGGAGUAUCUGAGGAAUGUGGAGGAAAAAUUGUUUGUUAGCCCUCCCCCUCCGAUUGUGCUCCCUCUCUCCGAAAUGAAGGACUCGUUCCGAAUGAAUUACACUGAGCCCCACACAGACGAAGUCAAAGCACCUGUUGUUACAGCAAAAUGCCAUGUGAGCAAGCUGGGCUGUGAGCAACAACCAGCCAUCCAGCCUCACACCAAGGGCUUUUGGAAGUGGACAGACCCUUACUUGACCGUCUACAAGUCCGAAUAUAUCCCCCAUGAAGGCAUAACUGACGAUAAAACACUAACAUUCUAUAACCAAGCCGAGUUCGCUUUGCCUCCAUCUUCCGGCAACAGAACAAUGUUUGAUAAACAAAUAUUCAAGAAUAUGCUGCCGGUGCGGCUCAUGUCGAGGUCGUUGAAACGCGUCCCCAAUUUUGGCAUGCAAUCGGAGUACCAGGAUCACUACAUCAAACAGACCUUCUCGUAUCUCUACCCCCAUCUCCAGGACCGAUGCACUCUGUUCGAGGAUUCGCUGUCUGAGGCGAGUCGGUGGCAGAACUUGCCACCCCCGGGAAUGUAUUGCUCUGAGUACUGCAAUAUUGGGGGUUUUUCGGUCCGGCGGGUCGUAGAUCAAAGCACACCGACCAAAGAAAUAGCGCGAACGAAGAAGUGUUGUCGAAUUUAAUUUCUCGUUCAAUAAAAAUGAUCGACCUGA